GAGUUGAGGGGUAGCCACGGGUUCGUACGUUUCGUCCACCGUCCACCAUCCGCCACGGCCUCAGUUCGGGCUGCUUCAAAAUCGCGUUUAACGAAAAAACGUGUAAAUGAAAUUACCUGUCGUGAUGGGAGCCCCACACAUACAAACUACACACGAACAGUAUCGACAGAAGAGAACAGGAGCCGAUUGAAAUAAGACGGUCGACGAUAAAUUCGUACUCCAUUCUGACAUUUUAACGGUCACGUGACCGCGGCCGAAGUACUGUUAUUGGUCCGGGGUCCGUUCGUCGUGGUUCGUCGUUCUGAUGGUUCUGUUCAGAGCGCAGUGAAAAUGGCCGCCACCGCCAGUGUCAGUGUCUCCUUUGUUUAGGGCUAAAGUUUCGGCCGGUUUUCGUGCGCCAUUAAGAUGCCGAGUGCCUCGUUUACGGCCUCCAGGUCGUACGUAAGGAGAUCAAGAAGGAAAGGAGCCAACAGGAUACCCACGCCCUCGAGGACCACUUCUGCGGAACCAUGUGAAUCUUCUUGCCCGAUCCCGAAUCAAAACAUUCCAGCACCAUUGGCGACCGCCCCUGGUUCUGCUGGGCCAACAGGCUCAGGAACCAGCGGUGGAGCAAUUCCGACACACCACUCGCCGUAUGAUCUUCGAAGAAAAUCCCCGUUUCAUCACGAGAUAAUCCCUGGUCCAAGCACGAGCGCCGCCACCGCGGGAUCCCCCACGUCACCAGCUACACCUACGGCUCCAGCCCAAGGCUAUUCCUCCGCCAUGUUACCGGCCAGGAAACGUCCAAGAAGAACAUGUUCAGCUUCCUAUGAAAAUUGCACAGCUACUGCGGCUCAUUAUUUACAAUAUGAACUCCCUGAUGAGGUGCUUCUUACCAUAUUCAGUUAUUUACUCGAAUUGGAUUUAUGUAGGGUUAGUCAGGUGUGCAAACGAUUUCAAACAAUUGCCAAUGAUACAGAGAUUUGGAAACGUUUAUAUCAAAAUGUUUAUGAAUACGAUCUUCCGCUCUUUAAUCCUGGUCCGUGUCGUUUCGAGUUCGUCAGCCCUGAGGAAUCAGAGUUAGCAAAUCCUUGGAAGGAAUCAUUCAGGCAGCUUUAUAGAGGCAUUCAUGUCAGACCUGGUUAUAAAGACCUUACAUUUAAAGGACGCAAUUUAAAAUACUGCAAUACAAUUCAGAGUGCAUUAGAUGAAGCUGACGAACGGAGCGGAAUAAACCAAUCGGGUUCCUCAACUAAUUCUUGCUCUAGUACGACUACGAGUGAAAAUUGUUCGCAAGGACCUUUAGUGUUCAUACAUUCGGGCACAUAUCGUGGCGAAUUUCUUGUAAUCGAUUCGGAUGUCGCUCUUAUAGGGUCUGCGCCAGGAAAUGUUGCUGAGUCUGUAAUAUUAGAACGUGAAUCAGAGUCGACGAUAAUGUUCGUUGAGGGCGCUAAACAAGCGUAUGUAGGUCAUUUAACUCUCAAGUUCACCCCGGAUGUUACCUCCACUGUUCCCCAUCAUAAACACUUUUGCCUGGAAGUUGGUGAAAAUUGUAGUCCUACUGUAGAUCAUUGUAUUAUUCGGAGUACAUCAGUGGUUGGUGCUGCAGUUUGCGUAAAUGGCGUUGGAGCAAAUCCAGUUAUACGACAUUGUGACAUCUCAGAUUGUGAAAAUGUAGGACUUUAUGUAACAGACUACGCCCAAGGAACAUAUGAAGAUAAUGAAAUUAGCCGAAAUGCCUUAGCGGGAAUUUGGGUUAAGAAUUUCGCGAAUCCCAUUAUGAGAAGAAACCAUAUUCAUCAUGGUAGAGAUGUAGGAAUUUUCACAUUUGAUAACGGAAUGGGUUAUUUUGAAGCAAACGAUAUCCAUAAUAAUCGUAUAGCUGGUUUUGAGGUGAAAGCGGGUGCAAACCCUACCGUUGUUCACUGCGAAAUUCAUCACGGACAAACGGGCGGCAUCUACGUUCACGAAAACGGGUUGGGUCAGUUUAUAGAUAACAAAAUACACUCGAAUAAUUUUGCGGGCGUUUGGAUAACGUCCAACAGUAAUCCAACGAUCAGACGGAACGAAAUCUAUAAUGGCCAUCAAGGGGGCGUUUAUAUCUUUGGCGAAGGACGGGGCCUCAUUGAACACAAUAAUAUUUAUGGUAAUGCACUCGCUGGUAUUCAAAUUCGCACCAACAGCGAUCCUAUUGUCAGACAUAACAAAAUUCAUCAUGGUCAACAUGGUGGAAUUUAUGUUCAUGAAAAAGGACAGGGAUUAAUUGAAGAAAAUGAGGUAUAUGCAAAUACAUUGGCUGGUGUUUGGAUAACAACAGGAAGUACUCCAGUUUUAAGAAGAAAUCGAAUUCAUUCCGGUAAACAAGUGGGUGUCUAUUUUUACGAUAACGGCCACGGAAAAUUAGAAGAUAACGACAUAUUUAAUCACUUGUACUCUGGUGUGCAAAUACGAACUGGAAGUAAUCCGGUGAUUCGCGGUAAUAAAAUUUGGGGCGGUCAAAACGGCGGUGUUCUCGUCUAUAACGGUGGUUUGGGCCUGUUGGAGCAGAACGAGAUCUUCGAUAACGCGAUGGCGGGAGUUUGGAUCAAAACGGACUCGAAUCCGACCUUAAAACGUAACAAAAUCUUCGAUGGGCGAGAUGGAGGGAUUUGUAUAUUUAACGGCGGUAAAGGGAUCUUAGAAGAGAACGAUAUAUUUCGGAACGCGCAGGCCGGUGUGUUAAUCUCGACGCAAAGCCAUCCUAUUCUUAGGCGGAAUAGGAUUUUCGAUGGAUUAGCGGCGGGCGUUGAAAUUACAAACAACGCGACGGCCACGUUGGAAUUUAACCAGAUAUUUAAUAAUAGAUUUGGGGGGUUGUGUUUGGCAAGUGGUGUGCAACCAAUCGUUCGGGGGAACAAAAUAUUUAAUAAUCAGGACGCGGUGGAAAAAGCCGUGUCCAACGGCCAGUGCCUGUAUAAGAUAUCUAGUUACACAUCGUUCCCCAUGCACGAUUUUUAUAGGUGCCAAACGUGCAACACCACCGACCGUAAUGCUAUUUGUGUUAAUUGUAUCAAGACUUGUCAUGCAGGCCACGAUGUUGAAUUUAUUCGGCACGAUAGGUUCUUCUGCGAUUGUGGUGCUGGAACGUUAACAAAUCAGUGUCAAUUACAAGGUGAGCCUACACAAGACACGGAUACACUCUACGAUUCGGCGGCCCCAAUGGAAUCGCAUACGCUCAUGGUAAACUAAUGUCAACCAAGCUUCGAUACGAUUAACUUGUAUGAGAGGUGAGGUAAAUAAAAUGAAAGAGGGACAAGUGUCAUUGGCGCGCACGUGCGUGUUCGGUUGGACAAAAUACCUCUAGCCUUUGGACCUAGGCGGGGCGGAAGGUCGAUGUGUACGUGUUCUUUUUUAGUGAUUGUGCGGUAAAAAUGCUUGUCGUCGUCGUCGUCACCCCAGCAUCAGCAGCAGCAACGGCACACGACUGAUUUCUGCAUUACACACCAGUUAGAUUUUAGACAAUCAGAGCAGGCUUCCAGAGAUCCUUGGCCGUGUUUAGCUCCAUUAACGUGUUUUCGUACUUUUUUUCUUUAUUAUUUCUAUUAACUUUUUUUAAUUCUUUUUGCCAUGUGCCAGUGUUUGUCUUUGCGGUUUGCGGAAACGAGCUCUUUUUAUGAUACAAUUUUAAUGGGGUUUAAUAUAGAUGUUGUGAUUGUAGUGGAUUCAUGUAAAUAUAGAAUUUACUCAAAAUUAUUAGAAAGAAACUAAAAAAUAAACAAGAAAUACUUAUGAAAAAUAAAAGCAUUGUAGAAAGGUCGUGUUCCGCAGGACGUGAAGAUGCGACCCCCUCAAUCAAUUUUUUACAGAGCCGCUCUCUAAAAAUUAAUUUUAUUUUUCUAUUUAUUUGUAUAUUACGCUUCUGAUCUACUUGCAAUAAUUUGUUGAGUAAUAUUUCCAUUGUUUAUCAAUGUUGAUUUUGUUUAUUUUCUCCUUAUUAAUAAUUCUAAAUGUUGAUUCGGAUUUUGGCUUACGGUUACUUUUUAUAUUGUGUUUACGUUUUCUUUUCGAUAUUUUAACUAAGUUUGAGACUCUUGAGAUUAGAAAUCAAUCUGUAUAAAAAAAAAAUAAUUCACAUAAGUAAAAUGUUUUAAUUUUGCAGUGAAUCUUGCUCUACGUUAUUACAUUAUUCAAUUUUCUUUUUAAUCACGAAUCUCGUUCUUAUUUAUGUUUGAUUUUCAACUCCAUCAUUCAAACAAUUAAAUUUAUUAAUUUUUGUUCGUUCAACUUCACGUAAAUUUUUCGCUAUUUACGGUUAUUUUUAUUGUUAUAUUGAACACGCAACUUAGAUGUAUUAUCUAUUUAUUUGCUAGCUAGUUUAGGUGUGAAACGUGGUCCUGUUCGUUUAAUCCGUUAUUAGAGGACGUGAACGUUCGUAGCUUUGAUGACACGAAAAUCAAUUAUUUAGCAAUUGUACAUAGCUAGGCGAAGUUUAGGCGAAUAGAUUCCGUGUGAUAGUGCGGUCGUUUGUGUUGUUUGUUUGCGUGUGUAUCGGACGUUUUAAAAAGAACGAAAGCAGGGAGGGGAAGCGUUGUAUUUUUUGUAGUAGACUUCUUAAGGCAGGGGUCCGAAAUCGGAGACGCCACCGCGGAACUGGUGGUAGUAGUUCAACUCGAAGAUUAAAAAAAAAACAGUAUUUACCCUACGUACGGCGGUGUUGUUGAGAAAGCGGUAAUAUUAGUAUGUACUACUACUGUAUAUUCUAAAAAAUUAAAAAUUAGAAAGUUUUUGGAAUAUUUCAAAAUCGCUACUUUCUUUUUAUUGUAAGGUUUUUAAUGGUGUAUUAUCAAAAUUUAACUAACGGGUUUAAAUUAAUCGGUUUUUGGAUGGUUUAUUUAUAAGGCUCUAAAUUAGAUCACUUCUUAUUCACAAUACUUUUUUAUAAAUAAUACAGGUAAUCCAUAAAGAUGUUAUAUCAACUUUAUUAUUAUCUCAAAUAUGUCGCAAAAACUUUUGCAAACAUGGAAAUUAUAAUCUGAAAAGGCUAAUUAACUUAAAAGGAGGUUUUACUGCUGUGGUACAUAUUAUAUCAUUUUUAUAAUAUCACUAAAAAUCAAUACUAAAAACAAUACCAUAAAGAUUAUUCAUACUUAUUACAAUACAAUUCAUUAUUUUAAAUUAUAAGUUAUAAUUUCAUUAAUUAUAUCCUGUCAUUCUGGAAUUAUUUAUUAUGCGGGAAACGAGAAAUACUUUAUAGCGACGAAAUAAUUAAAUGGAUAUUUCGUCGACUUUUAAAGCUUCUUGCUUGGAACUUGUUUCGUCUCAACUUUCGAAUUGAAACAAAAUAAAAAGGAGUUGUAUUCAAUGAAUGCAGUAAAUUUUAAAUUAUUAAUUCCUCUUUUUGAUAGCAAUUAACCUAGAUAUUACCAACUCAAUCACAUUAACUAAAAUCAAAAUAUACAAAUAAAUAAACUAUUUACACAGUGGGAUAAUUGUAAAAACGAUAUUUCGAAUGCAAAGCUGUUUCGUAUUUAUGGUAAAUAAAGUGUGUACUGUGGUUACUUUCUUGAUAAGUGGUUAAAUGCGUUUUUUUGAUUAUAUGUUUCUAAAUACCCAAGCGUCUUUUUGACCACCUCCAAGUCGAUAUAGUUCCCAAGGAUUUUGAGUUAUCAUAUCAAGAUAGCGACAAAUUAAUUGAAAAUACCGCUUGUUACCUCUCAUUGAUGUACCAAUAUUUUGGUCGGCCCGAUUUUACAUCUUCUACAACACUCACAACAUUAUUGUCAUUCCAUUUGUACAAAAUAAUACUGUCAUUAUCGCAAAUUCAAUAAUUCCACGCUCUGCGUGUUUAGACUGCAAGAGUAAGAUAAAGACAAUCCCUUGCUGCCCAAUUUUUCUUCAUAACGUCAGUCUUUUAGGCUCAUAAACUUGAAUUCUUCUAAUAAGGAAAGUGAAGUAAAAAGUAGUCGAAGUAAGAUGAAAAUGAACCCGAUUUAUUUUAUAAUAUAAAGGAAUUGCAGAAUAAUAGUCGCACCAAGUUCAAAAAUUUUAAAUAUUUCAGAUCUAUGUAUACAUUUCUGGUAGUUCCGGUCCAAAACUUGUACCCCCAUGUAUAUUUUAUUUAUUGAUUUUUUAAGAUUCAAUAAGGGGAAGAAUUUUUAUGAACUUUUCAUUUUGGUCUAGGUUGCGAUUGUCACAACAAUGUAAAUUCUGCAUUAUGAUGUAUAAGUGUUGCUAUACUUUUUUGAACAAUUUCAUCAUCAAAAAAUGCUUCCAGAUGUGUAUAUUGUUUUCUUUUUGUUCAUACCGCUCUGUCCAGGACGCAAGAUUUUGUGUUAUAUUCUUUGAUAGCUAAAUCUUCUGUAAUAGAUCUUCUGUCGUUAUUACCUCUAAUUUUCAUUUUAUUAGACAGGUUGUAUAACUAUAGUGAUAUAGCUUUGUUUUAAUUAGUUCCUAGUUUCUUGCCACAUACGUUAAUGUAGCCAGGUUUAUUGUGUGAUGAUUAUAAGGAAUGAAAUCUUAUGUAGAUAACAGAAAUUUCACAAUGAUGUAUAUUUAUUCAGAAGUUAUGUACAACAAUUGUUUCGCUUUUUUAGAGCGUCUUCAGGUACAACUUCAAUCAGCGAGAGGAUUGUAACGAUUGUGCAUCAUGUGGAAAAGGAUUGAGAACAAAAAAUAACAAAAAAUGAUCGGAACCUCGAACAAUU